AUGAUGACUACAGCGCAAUAUGAUACAAACAAAUUCGUUUGGGGAGAUGCAGGGGGAAUAAGCAGCAAUAAUGCCGAGAACAUAGGUCGGAAUGUUGUUAAUUCUGGAGUAAAUCAAACAUUUGGAUCGAUGACUGGCACAAGUCAGGAUGGAAAAACCGGAGUAACAGAUGCUGGGAGUGGAUCUGAAGGUUCUGGUGGUGGAGGAGCAGGGUAUCGUGGAGGAUUAGCUCAGCAAUAUGCUCCUGGUACUGGUGGGAGCUCAUAUAUAUCAGGACAUCCUGAUUGUAAAAUUGAGCCGCAAUUUACUUUCACCAACAUCGCUUUGAAAAACGGAACUCAAACUAAGUAUGAUGGCGAUGGGUAUGUCAUUAUUUCUCGUGUUUACUAUGAUAAUUCUUUUUGCAAAUACUUUUACUUUGCUUUUGAGUUUAAUACUUUGUUACUUUUGAUUUUAUUUGAAUAA